AUGGAAAGCUCAGAUUUUAGCCAUAAAGAUGAACCCGACGCCCGGUGCCAAAGUCAGAUGGACCGAUUGGUUCGGGAAGAAGAUUUCUAUCGAUUUGUGAAUAACUUGAGCGAAGAUGAUUACAAGCUUAUGCGGGAUAACAAUUGUCUAAACAACCCGGGGGGAAGUACUGAAGAAGAGUUGCUGAGAAGACUUCAGCAACUUAAGGAAAACUCAGAUAAAAAUACAGGUGGAGGUGACUCUUCAGAUGGCGUGUCGAGUUCUGAAUCUCUUCUAAAUUGGCUUCGCUCUUUCAAAGACACUGAAACUGUGACAAGUAAUGCCACAUGCUAUUCAGAAAUACAUUUUAACCUUAGUAAUGAGAACUCAGAUUUAGAGAAUGAGUAUGUACCAUCUACAAGACUUCCCAGAGGAGAAAAUAUUGAAAACUACCCAAGUCCUGUGGAAAAUCUAUGCUCUGAAUCAACAUUUACAAGACCAUCUACAUCAGAACAAAGUAUAACUGAAGCAUUAAUGGAAGUCCCACCCACCAGAGGUCAGCGAAGAGCAAGAAGCAGAAGCCCAGACCAUCGGAGAAUCAGAGCAAGAAUUGAAAGUUGUUGGUCACCUCCACAUUCAAUGAGUGAAGCUUUCCAAAGACUUCCUCAGGGGGUCUCAUCUCCAACUUUUGAGCAGCCUCUGAUAAACGUGACCGAGAGACUUUCUAGAAUUCAGCACCAAGAAACAUUGAGACAGCAAAUAACUGGACUUGAUUUGCAAAAUAGGGGUCUUUUUGCAACUCCUGGAACAUGGAAUGCCAUUCAAAGAGAAUCUUUCCCAGAUACAACCAGGGAAGAUGAAUCUUGGGGACUGAGACACGUAAGUCCCACCAUAUUCUUGGAUUCUGAAGUACGAACAGUUCAUCCUGGAGCAUAUUCUCAGACAGACAAUAUAGCUAGUAUAACCCAGAUAACAUCUGAGACAACAAUCAACACUGUCACUUUAGAAAGUGAACAAGGAGGACCUAGGCAUAUGUUUUCACAUUCUGAGCAGGCAGAUAUGAGAGCUCAUGUCAGUACUAUCAGAGUUCCCAUUCAUAGACUUUUAAAUACUAGUUUAAAUGAUACAACACCUGUUGCAACUCAAAGCAGUUCACGGCAGAGAAUGACAGAUGUUAGUGAUACAAGUAACCUUAUGACUGGUGACAAUGAUUUAGAGCCUAGUUUCUCACCUUCGAGUGAAAACAUGGAAAAUGCAGAGUCACCCAUUGGAAUAGAUAUUUCUGAUGGUGAUUGGAGUUCUGAUUCCAAUUCAAGUCCUUUCUUUGAUUUGCAUUCACUUCCCCCAUUGAUCUCUAGUUCAGACUCCAAUUACAUGUGUAGUUCUAAUUUUAGCCCUAUGUCGAGUUCCAUCUCCAAUGAUGACUAUUCAGACACCAGCUCACUGAUACCUGAGAGACUUGACGAAAGAAGCUUAUCAUCAGGCUCAUCAGAAAUCAGACUAUACAGUAGAUCUGUGACCCCAGUAUCAUUUGAUGAAAAUGACUCUUGGGGUCCCGUUGCUUUGGACCAGAUUUUUCUCUUAAAUAAUGAUGAUAUAAAAUCUAUAGGACUCACCAAAGCACAGAUUGACAACUUGGCUAUAAGAUAUUUUGGUAAAAAUGAUGUAUUAAAUACCUGUACCAUUUGCACCGCAGAGUACACAGAAGGCAACAGGCUUCGCGUGUUACCUUGCUCCCAUGAAUAUCAUAUCCACUGCAUUGAUCGCUGGCUGGCUGAUAACGCCACCUGUCCUAUUUGCCGUGAAAAAAUAGUAGAUUCUGGUUAG